AUGCUUCUCGCGCCGCCCUCCGAGGCGGACGAGAUCGCGCAUUACGCCUCCGUGCUCGCCCCCGGCGCGCCCGGGCACGGCGACGUGACCGUGAAGCGCGUGAAGCACGGCAAGGGCCUCGUCGCGGCGAGGGCGUUCAGAGAGGGCGAGCGCGUCCUCGUGGAGCCGCCGCUCGUCGGGAUGCAGCACGAGCGGAACCGCGCGGACGCCAUCGUGUGCGGCGGAUGCUUCCGGUUCGUCGGAUCGAUCGAGCAUCAGAUCGCGCGCAGGCUGCUCGAGUCCACCUCCGGCGGCGGCGGCGGCGGCGAGGAAAACGUGGAGCUCAACGCGAGCGCGCUCGCGACGGCGCGAGGGAUGACGCGCGACGGCCUGAAGCUUCCGGGGUCGGACGCCUUCCCGUUGCCGGAAAUCCAAGCGUGCCUGACGGGGUGCUCGCGAGAGGUGUACUGCGGCUUCGAGUGCGCGUUGACGUCGAUGCAGUCGCACGAGAUGUUUCUCUGCGUCGGCGGCCACUGCGCAGACGACGGGGAGAUCGCCGAGGACAGGCCCGACGCGAGGGCGUUCGUGGAGCACGCGAGAGAGACGAACGACAUCUUCAUCCUCGCCGCCAAGGCGCUCGUCAAGGUCGCGGCGGACGCGGGCAAAUUAGAGGGGCUCUCGGGCGACGGCGAAAGCGACGCGCUCGCGGCGGCGUGGGCGCCGUUCCGCGUCGCGCACAAGCCCGUGUGGUGGGACGCGGUGGCGAGGCCGGAGGACGUCGCGGUGGGGGACGAGGAGACGGCGUUUCGCGAGAGCAUGCGCGAGAUCGCGACGGAAUCGUUGCGGCUGCUCCGAGCGAGCUCCACGUUUUUGAGAUUCGUGAAAGCGUACCCGGGUCUGUUCCACAUCGACGUGUACUCCAGGAUAAUAGGGAUGUUCGAGACGAACAACCUCGAGAUCGCGGUCGCGUCGCCGGUGGAGGAUUACUUCCUCGCGAUGGACGAGUUACCUCCGGAGGGCCCCGAGCGCGCGAUCACCGAUCCGCUGCUCGACGCCCUCGACACGAAGUACUGCGUCCCGUGCGAAGGCACCGGCUUCUUCGCGUUGCAGUCGUGCAUGAACAACGACUGCGAUCCGAACGUGACGCCGUUGAAGGACGACGGCGACGUCGACGGGAAGUGCGUGCUCGUCGCGAAGCGGGCGAUCGCCGCAGGGGAGGAGUUGACGAUGUGUUACGUGGACGAGGGGAUGGACGUGAGGGCGCGGCGCGCGGAGUUGAUGGAUUACGGGUUCGAGUGCGGAUGCGCGCGGUGCGAGCGCGAAGCCGCGGGGUUGGGUCAGGCGCGACGCGGGAGCAAGAUGAAGUGA